UGGCUGCGGCUAUUUAUUUAAUUGUUUACAUUUUGCCGGCAAAUCGAAAAUAGUAGUUUAAGCACUUAAAAAAGCGAUGAAUCUGUUCGAGGAGCUGGACACCUUGGACCCCUCCUCAAAGAUCGAGCCUCCUCGCAUUGAGACGCCCACGGCGCACAAAAUAACCGUGCUUAUACUGCUCAAGCAAUAUGUGAUUAAUAAAAAGUCCUGCUUGGAUACGGGGAUAUCCAUGCGCACCCAGCGACGUCGGAUGUUCUAUAUGCUGGUUUUCAAGCUCGUCCAGGAGGCGGAUAAGAGCUACAAUGAGCUCCAUAGCCUACUGACCACAGGGAAAUAUAAACUGGACACUCUGAUGCUGGAGUCCUUCGAGAAAGCCAUGUCCGAGUUCUGUGCGGGCAGCAUUGAGUCCCUGUUCGAUUUCACCGAGAUCCAGAACAUCGACGAGAUUCUGAACGAAAACUAUGGCAUUAGCCAGUUCAGCAUGGUGGGCCUUUAUGUCCGGCGGGUGGGCGUAGUUCUGGAGCGCCUCAGUUUCCCCGAGAUGAUGGAUAUGUACAAGAACAUCUGCUCCUACUAUGAACGCGGCGUUCGAGCUGCUGCCUCGGGCUCCAGAAUGGCCAUUGCUGGAGGGAUCCUCCACAGGGAGGAGACCCCUCCUCCCAAUCAGAUAGCAGACAAGCCUGCGGAUCCUGAAGCUAAGAAAAAAGAGGAGGCAUUAGCUCGUGUUGCUCAAGAACGCAAUGCCCUAAGCAGGUGGGCGCCUAAGCAGGCCAAGUUCUUCAUCAACAAGCAGUCGGAACUCCUGGAGAGCAACGAACGCAAGGCCUUGUCGCCCGUGGAGCUCCAAAAGAAGGUGCAGGAGAUCAUACACGACCUGCCACUGAUAACCACUCCCUAUUUCCUGGGCUAUAUGAACCAAUUAAGGGUCAGGGAUUAUUAUAACGCACUCUCUGCGCUCCACAGAGCCCUGGACAGGAGUCCCGUGAGGCUGAUGAGCCAGGAGAAGGGCUACCAAUACUUUUGCGUCAAUCUGGCCGUGCUACAUGCUACUUUUGGUCAUCGUGACGAAGCUCUAGCGGCGCUGAGGGAAAGCAUCAUGUUGGCCCAGGAGCACGGUGACAAAAGGAGUCUCAAUCUGGCCAAUACAUGGUACUGCCUGCUUAGGGAUGAGCUGCCAUUAUCCGCUGUGCAAAAGAGCGUGCAAGAGGCCAAUGAAGUCGAUGGUUCCCUCCUGCAAAACUACACGCUAGCUCUCCAUUUUGCUGUUAAGCUGGGAACUGUGGCUGGCUAUCAGCCCCUGCGACUCUUCGAUCUCCUCCAGCACAGCGAUAAUCUCACUAAUAGAAACAACUUUGCGGACCACGCAUCAGAGGCUUUGGCUUUGAGGAGUGCAGUGUGGUCUGCCUAUGGUAAACAUGAAUUAGCUGCUUUGUACUCUCAAGUUUUGCUAGCUGCCAGAGAUCGCUUUGGCAAUGCCUCUGCGGGAUUGGGAAGUGCUUUGGCCAGUUACGCCCUAUGGCUUCAGUUGCAGGGAGAGUCUCAGCUAUCCAAAGUACUUCUACAUCGUGCAAAGGAGCGUUUCCCGCGGUUGCCCGGCGCCGAGGGCUGGAUGAUCAGCCAGUGCCAUGUGGUCAUCCAGGCAGGAAUCUACCAGUGUCGUUGGCAUGAUGCGUUGAAGGCCUGCGACCAGCUUUAUUUGCUGGAUCCCUCAGAUGCCAUAAUGCAGCGCGCUUCCAUUUACGUGGCCAAACGAGAGUUCUUCAAUGCCAGGCGCCUGUUGGACAAGCUGGCUGGCCAGGAUAAUUUACCUUUCCUCCUGAGGAUGAGGGUGCAAGUCCUUCUCGGCUAUUGUGGCAUGGCUGACGGGCGCUUUUCCAGUGAAACUACUAUGCUCCUGCUACGCGUGGCCGAGGAUAUGGCCGAAUCUCAGAUGGAUUACGAGCUGGCCCUGGUGGAUCUCCUGUUGGCCCAGCAGUUACUGCUCCUCGGAAUGCCACAGAAGGCGUACCAGGCCAUCAAGCGCUGCAUGCACGACAUUCACAUCAAUGGUGGUCUGUAUGAACGAGCCAAAACCGAUUUCGUCUUUGUUCGCUGCCUUCUGGCCAUCAAUCAAAACAAUGUCGAGGAGCGGAAGGCGCAGCUCGUUAAAUCUCUGGACAUCCUGGAGCGCGCGGCACAAUCAUUCAAGAAACUCUCUGCCCAUGCCAAAGUCUUGGAUGUGUAUGUGUUUCUGGCACAGAGAUUCAACGAAUUCGGGGAAAGGAAUUUACGAAACAAGUAUGCUGGGGAAUUCCGGCGAUACUUUACGGAUCAUCCGAUUCCAAGGGAAUAUCUGGGCAGUCCUUAGUUUCAGUCUGUUGUUAAUCGGUAAAUAAACGCAUUAUUACCAUGA